UUUGAUUACUCAAGAUAGUUAAAACACUUAACAAACUGUGUUAAUUUUACUUCAGUAAUGGCAACAAGUGGAGGUCCCUUGGUGGUGGCAGCGAUUGAUUUCGGAACAACUUACUCGGGAUGGGCCUUCUCAUUUAAACACGAUUUUGAGAGAGAACCAUGCAAAGUGUCGGCGAAAGCAUUGAUUGCAAAUCAACUAGCGUCUCAAAAAGCUCCAACCUGCGUGUUAAUCAAACCGGAUGGUAAAACAUUGGACGCGUUUGGAUUUGACGCAGAAACACGCUAUAGUCAGCUUUGCGAAACAGGCGAGCACAAACAAUGGUACUACUUUCAGAGAUUCAAAAUGAUGCUCUGGGACAAGCUGAUACACAAGGACACAUUGUUGGAUGACGAAUUUGGAAAGAGUCUAAAAGCCCUCACCGUGUUCGCCUUGUCCAUCAGAUACAUGAAGGAGGAUCUGUCUAGCAUGUCUAAAAAUCAGGUCAGUGGAAUGAAUCAAGAAGACAUACACUGGGUACUCACAGUGCCUGCGAUAUGGAAUGAUUCAGCCAAGCAUUUCAUGAGGCUAGCUGCUGAAGAGGCUGGAAUAUCCAGUCAGAAACUUACAAUUGCAUUAGAACCCGAGGUGGCAUCAAUUUACUGCAAACACCUUCAAGUUACAAUGGAUGGAGAAGGCGGAGUCUCGUCCUUCCGACCAGGGAAGAAAUAUAUAGUGCUAGAUGCGGGAGGUGGAACAAUUGACAUCACUACUCACGAGGUUUGUUUCGGUGGCGAACUGAAAGAACUUUACAAAGCCACUGGUGGAGCUUGGGGUGGAACAUUGGUGGACAAAGAUUUCCUUGACUUUGUGUCCGAAUUAGCAGGGAAAGAAACAGUAGAACGGUUUAAAGAGGAGCACAUGGAAGAUUACUUGGAUCUUAUGCGUGAUUUCGAAAUGAAGAAAAGAUCAACGCGUUUAAGUAGCAAAGGACGGGUGACUAUCAAAAUACCAUUAACACUUAUGGACCUCAUCAGCGAUAUCAAGGGACGAUCACUGAAACAAAUUGUAUCGAUGUCUCAAUACGCAAAUAAAGCUGAACUGACGGGUGAAAAACUUCGACUGGAAGACGAUGUGUUUCGAUCAUUUUUCAAAACAUCGGUUAGUGAAACUGUCAAGCACUUGACUGAGGUGCUGAGAAAACAUCAAACUCGAGGCGUCGAAGCGAUUCUUAUGGUUGGAGGAUUUUCGGAGUCCCCUCUUCUUAUUGAAACUAUCCGUAACGAAUUUAGUAGAUUGCAAGUCAUUAUUCCACCUGACGCAGGUCUUGCUGUUUUGAAGGGCGCAGUCAUAUUUGGACACUGUCCGACAUCCAUCAAAGAACGCGUAUCCAAGUACACAUACGGCACAAACAAAACAACAAUUUUUGAUGAAAAAAAGCAUCCUGAAGAAAAACGUAAGAUUCAUAAGAGUGGAGAACCGUGUGAUGAGUGUUAG